AUGAAUCUUUGGCGCAGAUUGUGGAAAUACAUUGUACUCGCAGUCAUUGUUUGUAAGUUUUUGUCAGUCCAGACCAUUGCUUUCCCAUGUAUUCCAACGACAAAUAUUUGUUGUCUCCACAAAACGUCAUUUUCAGAUGCCACUGUGUUCCUGAACCUCGAGCGCAUUCGCACGUUCUCCACAGACUCUACCUCACUUCAAAUUGCCGAAAAUUCACAAAACCGCACGAAACUUCCUAGUUUCAUUGCACAGUUUAAAGACCAGAAUCAUAGUUAUGAGUUUUUGACAAUUCCAAAGAGGCCGUGCACAAAGUGAGUUGACGCUAGACCUUUGGAGCUAUUUACAGUACUCGUUUAGCAAUACCAAACUACAAAUAACGAUUCUCUCGACCGCCGGGAACUUUGAAAUCAGACAGGCCAUCCGGAGCACGUGGGCGAAUCCCAACAACUCGGAGCAUUUGGCGGUAUGAUAUAUUGUGCUUUUGCAUUUUGGACCACAAAAUGACCGAGCAAUAAACGUUUAGAAUAACGACGUCAGAAUCUCAUUUAUCAUCUCAAAAUCAGACAACGAAUUCCUGAACUCUGCACUCCAGAAGGAAAUCGACACGUUCGACGACCUGAUUGUCACAACUUUGUACGAAUCGUACGAGUUGCUCACUCUGAAAGUGCACGCGCUCCUGGCGUACAAACACACAUUCUGUGACUCUGCGGACUUCCAGCUGAAGAUCGACGACGACAUGGCCGUGGACAUGGACGCAUUGGUGAACACUCUCGGUAAUCCGAAACUCGCGAGCGUCGACGGAGUCAGCGGAAUUGUGUGGAAGAAUGCGCCGCCGAUGAGGGAGAAGAAACACAGAUGGUGAGGGAAUUGAAGAGGGAAGAGGUGGUUGAUGCGGAUGUUGAAGGUACGUGCCGACGAGUCUCUGGGCUCCCAAGUUCUUCCCGUGGUACUGUGACGGACCGAUCUAUCUGAUAGGCAAGAAUGCGAUUCCCAGAAUGUUGGAGGAGGCGAAAAAGUAUAAACAAUGGGUUAUCGAGGUGACUUUUUCACGAGUUGAUGCCAAGAAAUACAAAAAAACACCGGUCUUCCAGGACGUCUUCUGGACAGGAGUAGUUGCCCAAGGACUUAAACUUCCGCGCUUCGACUGGUCGAGGAUUUUGCUCCGUUAUGUGUUCGAACUAAUUCCGGAAAAGCUCAAAUGUUUCAAUGGGAAACCACUGAUCAUCGCUGUGCACAAUAUGAAAGGACGGCAGAUGAUCGAGGACGGGUACAAAAAGAUAAGGAGUGUAAAGUGUAAGACUAAGUAG